AUGAGGAACUAUCUAGAGGGGUUAUUACCUGGUUCCAGGAUAACUGUACCUAAGGUUAGCCCUUCAAAGAAUGAUAGCGUUUCUCAUCCUGUUUAUCAAUUUAAAUUGGUGAUUUUAGGUGACACUUCUGUGGGCAAGAGUAGUUUGGUUGGUCGUUUUGUGAAGAAUACUUUUUUGGAGUUCCAGGAGUCUACUAUCGGUGCUGCAUUUAUGACACAGAGCGUAAAAUUUGGUGACCAUACUGUAAAGUUUGAGAUUUGGGACACUGCGGGUCAGGAGCGUUAUCGCACGCUUGCGCCUAUGUAUUACCGUGGUUCGUCUGCUGCGGUGAUCGUGUAUGAUAUAACAUUACGUGACUCUUUUCAGCAGGCUAAGGGUUGGAUCCAAGAGCUGCAGUCUCAUGUUGACCCUAACAUUGUAAUGGCUCUUGCUGGUAACAAGGUUGACCUUGAAUCAUCUCGUGAGGUUGCUCGUGAGGUGGCUGAGGAGUUUGCGAAUGCUAACAAUUGUUUGUUUAUGGAGACUUCUGCUAAGAACGGUGAUAUGGUUCAGGAGUUGUUCACUGAGAUCGCCAAGGCUAUUCCCAAGGGUAAGCGUAUUAACGAGCUGCACGAGGGUUUUAAGAUCGAGUCUCAGUCUUCUUUGCCAAAAUUGAACUGUUGCAAUAGGUCAUAG